AUGUCGACUGUCCUCGCGUCUCCAGUUCCGAAGCUCGAUGAAGUCCGCAGCAUUCUUCUAAGUAAGACAACAUGGCAACUCCCACAAGAUCUCAAAGAAAAAUCCGAAGGCGCCAAAGUUGUUUCACUUGAAGAGCUCAAGAAACUCCCAAUGAGCCAAUGUGUUGAAAUUUUCUCACCAGUACAUCGUGUUGCUCUCCUUUCUGCUGCAGCCCACCUUGCUGUUCCAGCUCCAAAGGUUGCUCAGACACUCAUCACAAUUUUCAACGAACUUCCAGGCCCAGCUUACAACACAACACCAGAAUUCAAGAACUCUCCAUAUGAUUUCACACCAGGCCUUCCUCUUUCUGAUGAAGACUUCACAAACUUCCUCAAAGCAAUCUAUCCAGAUGCAGAGAAGGAAGUUUUAGAGCUUUUCGAAGAGCCAUACGUCUCAGCAGCUCAAGUUUUACUCCUUGUCUCCACAAUCGAGCUUGUUUCCGACUAUGCCCUUAUUGCCGCUGUUCUUGAUGCUGAAUUCAAGGGUGCUGCUCUUCUUUCAUCCGAAGAGUUCUCCCGUGAACUUGCUCCACAGUUUGUCUCCAUCGUUGCUCAGCGUAUCUUCGAUAUCGCUCUCAACUCAAAGAACCUCCGCAAGAAAGGCUCAAAGAUCCUUUCCUCCCUUCCAAAGCUCUUUGCUCCAAUCUUCGCCGCUGUUGCUCAGCUCCGUACAGCUGUUGUCAAGCCACAGCACUUCUUCGACAAGUUUACACUCUUCUCAUACACAUCCAACAUUGUCUACUCCACAGUCGAGAUCUGCAAGUACCUCGGCAAGCCAGCAGACAACGUCACUGUUGAGAAUGCCUCUCAAUUACUCGCCACAGCCGCUUUUUCAAUGAUUUCCGGCCUCGCACCAAAGGUCCAAGAGUCCAUUGAGAAGAAGCGCAUUACAGUCGGCACAAUUUCGAAGGAAAUUGCCGUCGCCGUUGCUGAGAACGGUCCAGCCGCCCUUACAAUGAUGAACUUUUACGCACCACCAGCCGGCAAGAAGGUUCUUCCAAAGGAACCAGUAGGCUGCAUCGAUCUUCUUCCAAAGCAGAUGAAAGUCCGUCAGGAAGUCAUCCAGCUGGUCACAAGCAUCUUCAAGAGACACGGUGGUGUUGCCAUCGAUACACCAGUCUUCGAACUUAGAUCAGUCCUCACUGAGAAGUACGGUGAAGAAUCCAAGUUAAUUUACAACCUCGAAGACCAAGGUGGUGAACUUCUUUCACUCAGAUACGACCUUACAGUUCCAUUCGCAAGAUUCGUUGCUACUCACGGCAUCACAAAGAUCAAACGCUACCACAUCGCAAAAGUUUACAGAAGAGACAAGCCAGCCAUCGAGCGCGGCAGAUUCAGAGAAUUCUACCAGUGCGAUUUCGAUGUUGCCGGUACAUCUGGUCUCAUGAUUUCUGAUGCCGAAGUUAUUUCCAUCGUCAGCGAGUUACUUACAGCCAUUGGCAAACUCUGCCGUCUCGACAACUUCAACUACAGCAUCAGAGUUUCCCACCGCCAGUUACUUUCCGCGAUGACAAAAGUUGCCGGAGUUCCAGACGAGAAAUUCAAGACAAUUUGCUCAUCAGUCGACAAACUCGAUAAGUUGCCAUGGUCCGAUGUCUCCCGCGAACUUGUUGACGUCAAGGGACUUUCACAGGCAGCUGCAGACAAGCUUGGAGAGUUUGUUUCCAUCCAAGGCAAUCCACGCGAAGUUCUUGCCGCUCUCAGACAGAAACAAGACUUCGUUGCUGUUGCUGGAAAGGUUCUUGAUGAAAUGGAAGUAUUAUUCAACUACCUCGAAGCAACAGGAUGCCUUGGAAACAUCAACUUCGACUUGUCCCUCGCUCGUGGUCUUGACUACUACACAGGCGUCAUUUACGAGGCAGGAACAACAUCAGGAGAUGUCGGAUCCAUCGCUGGUGGUGGCAGAUACGAUGGCCUCAUCGGCAUGUUCUCAGGAAGACAGGUUCCUGCUGUCGGUGUUUCCCUCGGUAUCGAAAGAAUCUUCGCACUCAUCGAGAGACUCAAGGCAAAUGAGGAAGUCAAGGAAAGUGACACUGAAGUUUACAUCGCAGGUAUUUUCUCUGACUACACAAAGAAGAGAUUCGAACUCGCUUCUAAGUUCUGGGAACUCGGUGUUCCAACAGAGUUCUUCCCGAAGGAGAAGCCAGAUAUCAAACAACAGCUUCUCGCUGCUGAACAACUCGGAGCGAAAGUUUUCGUGUUGCUCGCACCAGAUGAACUCGAGAAGGGUCAGAUUAAGAUCAGAGAGAUGACACCAAAGGGUGUAGAAAGACAACCAAUAGAGAGAGUAGUUCCAGAGGCUGAUGUCGUUCAGGAAACAAUCAAACUCCUCAACGAACUCAAGAAUGCAAAUUAA